CAGCUCUCAGGACCACAUGAUCACUCACACACACAGACCCUCCCACACACAAAAGCUGCGACAGGCUCUUCCUGUAGUUUGGCCACAUUUGCAGCCAGGAAGAGAAGACGAUGUGUGUCAGGACGUGUUUUUCCGCACUGGGACUGCUGGCUGGGCUGUGUUGUUCCAUUCUGGGGUCCACAGAGGGGGGGAAGGUGCUGGUAAUUCCAGCCGAUGGGAGUCACUGGUUGAGCAUGAAGAUCUUGGUGAAGGAGUUGACACACAGAGGACAUGACGUGUUGGUUUUGGUCCCUGAGACCAGUCUGCUGAUCGAAAGCAAAGAGGACUACAGGACUCAGGUUUACAAAGUGCCCUACAACAAAGCCUUCCUGGACAGCAAAUUUAAGCAGCUCACGGACACCAUCUUCGAGAUUCCGGUGUUAGACGACGUGUUUUUCCUUACAGGCGUUUUGGUCAACUUUACGUCAUUCCAGGCAAAAGGCUGUAGAAGCCUCCUUGACAAUCAGCCUCUGCUGAGCCAGCUGAGGGGUGAAGCCUUCGAUCUGGUGCUGACAGACCCUUUCCUCCCGUGCGGCUCCAUCCUGGCUCGGAUCUUUGGCAUCCCGGCUGUUUACUUCCUUUCCGGGCUUCCCUGCGACUUAACUUCCAAGGCUAACCGGUGUCCCGUUCCGUUGUCUUAUGUUCCCAAAUUCUACUCUGGUAACACAGAUGUCAUGACCUUCACAGAGAGGGUCAAAAACAACGUUAUGGGUCUGGCGGAGUCUUAUGUGUGUCAUCUCAUGUAUGCCCACUUUGACGAGCUGGUCAACGAGUAUGUGGAGGAAGGCAUGAGCUACAUGAAACUGUUGAGCCAUGGCGCUAUUUGGCUCCUGAGGUACGACUUUGUCCUGGAGUGGCCCAAACCCGUGAUGCCCAACAUGUUUUUUAUUGGCGGUAUCAACUGUGCAAAGCACCAACCCCUGCCCGCGGAUUUGGAGGAGUUCGUCGAAGGGUCAGGGGAUGAUGGUUUUAUCGUCUUUACUUUGGGCUCCAUGGUGUCCAAAAUGCCGCAGGAGAAAGCGCAACAAUUCCUUGAAGCCUUUCGGCAGAUUCCACAGAAGGUUUUGUGGCGAUACACUGGAGUUGAACUUAAGAAUGUGCCAAAGAAUGUGAAACUGAUGAAGUGGCUACCUCAGAAUGAUCUUUUAGCUCACCCCAAGGCCAAAGCGUUUGUCACCCACGGAGGGAGCCACGCUAUCUAUGAAGGCCUCUGCAACGCCGUUCCCAUGCUCAUGUUUCCACUGUUUGGAGAUCAGCCGGACAAUGUUCGUCGCCUGGUGGCGCGUGGCGUUGCCGAGACGCUCAGUAUGCACGAGGUGAAGACAGACGAACUGCUGGUGGCUCUGAAAAAUAUUAUCAACAACAAACGUUAUAAAGAAAAGAUGGUGAAAUUGUCCGCGAUACACCUGGACCGCCCUGUUCAGCCUUUGGACCUGGCUGCCUUCUGGACCGAGUUUGUGAUGAGACACAAAGGAGCAGCGCAUCUGCGCGCAGCGGCACACGAUUUGAACUGGGUCCAAUACCACAGCCUGGAUGUCGUCGCUUUCCUGCUCACUGUGGUUGUGACUGCUCUGUGGGUGACUCUUAAGUGCUGCUUGUUCUGCACCCGCAAGUGUUGCACAAAGGGGACUGCAAAGAGGAAAUCCGAGUAA